UGUUUCUGUCAGUACUGACUCUGCAGCCGUGAGGAUCUGUGUCGUCGUGAAAACAUCGUGCAAUACUGUGGAGCUUCUGUGCAUCUCGGUUUGACCAACAUGGCUACACCUGAAUUCCAUCUGGAACAUGAGGAGGGAGAGACUGGGCAGCGGAGGCAGCAUUCUCCGCACACCCACAAGUGUGGCGAGUGUGACAAGGCGUUUCGCUUCCUGAGUUAUCUGAAGAAUCACAUGAGGACUCACACAGGUGAGAAACCCUGCCGAUGCGAGGAAUGUGGGAAGCAGUUUAGUGAGCUGAGUAGUCUGAGAAGACACAUUCGGACUCACACGGGUGAAAAACAGUACAAGUGUGAAGAGUGCAGCAGACAGUUCAGCAGGCUGGGUAAUCUGAAGGAACACGUGCGGACUCACACUGGUGAAAAACCUUACAAAUGUAAGGAGUGCAGCAGGCAGUUCAGCCGGCUGGGUAAUUUGAAGGACCACAUGAGAACUCACACAGGUGAGAAACCGUACAGAUGUGAGGAGUGCAGCAAGGACUUCAGUCGGCUACAAGUUUUAAAGACACACAUGCGGACUCACACAGGCGAGAAACCGUACAAGUGUGAGGAGUGCAGCAAGCAGUUCAGCGAGUUGUGUAGUUUGAAGAGACACAUGAGGACUCACACUGGUGAAAAGCCGUACAGAUGUGAGGAGUGCGGCAAGCAGUUCAGUGAGUUGGGUGAUCUGAAAAAACACAUUCGGGCUCACACUGGAGAGAAACCCUACAGGUGUGAGGAGUGCAGCAGGCAGUUCAGUCUGCUGGGUGAUCUGAAGAGACACAUGCGGACUCAUACUGGGGAGAAACCCUACACGUGUGAAGAGUGCAACAAGCUGUUUAGCGAUUCUGCUAAUCUGAAGAGACACAUGCGAAUUCACACUGGUGAGAAACCCUACAGAUGUGAGGAGUGCAACAAGCAGUUCAGCGAUCCUGCUAAUUUUAAGAGACACAUGAGGACUCACACUGGUGAGGAAAAAAAAACGUACAGAUAAGACGAGUGCUGAAAGCAAUUUAGAGAGAUGUUAAUUUUCAGAUACACAUUUAGACUCACACUGGUUAAAACUGUAGCAACACUGUUGGAAAAAUGUAGUCAAAUUCUUUCAAAUUGGUAGUUAAGUAGUCUGAGUGUCGACAUGCAAUCUUACACCAGCGAAAACCUUCAAAUAUCCACUUUUAUGUGGUAUCAUUUGAGUCAGUAGCGAGGUUUGUAGAUCUCUUUUAGCAAUGUGACCUCUUAUUCAUGAAUGAAGCCAAGACGGAAUUUACCCACGUCUACUUGGCAGACACACUGGAAAAAGAUGAGAAUGAACAACCACUCCGUGGUUGAUGCUGCAGGAUGCCCAGCUACUGCAGCAGCAGAACACAGUGGACUAUUUCUACCUCUUAUUUACUGUGUCCUUUUUGCAUGAGUUUAUUGUAAAAUCACGAAUGCAUGCUCCGUAGCCUUUUGAUCAGAACUAGAAGUUGUGUUUUUAGACAAUAGUGACAGAGUUACACGGUACACAAAACCGUUCGUUCGACGUCAAGGGUCAUGAUCCGUCUCUUAUAGCACUCACUAACUAGUUAGUUCUAAAUGCACUUAGGAUGUUGAAAAAUAUUAUUUGUUUUCAAAUCGUUCUGUAAGGUACAUGAUGUAGCUGUUAGAGAUUUGUAAUCUUUCUGCAUAUUAGUUUCGCCAAUAAAUCAAAACACGUGAUGUCUAACAUUGUUUUCAGUUCUUUAUUAAUAUUUUUCCAUGCUGUCUAAUUUACCAUUAUGCAAAUCA